CUCCCAAAUCCACUCGUCCGUCUCCCUCCACCCAUGGCGGCCAUGGCCACCCCGCAGCAAUGCUGGCUCCCCACCCGCGCGCGCGCUCCCCCUCCUCCUCCUCCACGCGCACCCUCCUCCGCGUCCCCCGUCUCCGGAGCUCCCGCCUCCCUCCGCUUCCGUGGGCGCCGCGCCGCGUCGGCGUCGGCGUCGGCGGCGAGGAGGAGGAGGGGAGCCUCCCUGCCCUGCUCCCCCAGGUGCGCGUUGGAGACGGCUGGCCCUGGCUUUGAUCCCCUAGGGCUGUACAACGAUGGGCCUUCGAGGAAUGACACGCAGUCCCCGCUGUCGAACUUCUUCGGAGUACUGUCGCCGGUGUUCGGGAGCUCGAGCGGCGGCAGGAAGGAGAAGUCCUAUGGACGAGGAGCAGCAGCUGCAAUUGAAGAUAGUUCCAUUGACAUUGGUGACUUCUUCAAGGGUCCUCUACCUGGGAAGUUCUUGAAGCUCCUUGGUUAUUUGGCCUUGUCUCGACUUGGUAUUUAUAUACCUCUGGGUGGAGUGAACCGGGAUGCUUUCGCUGGUAAUCUUGACCAGAACAGUCUACUAGGCACUUUGGAUUCUUUUUCUGGUGGAGGUAUUGGCCGACUUGGAAUAUGCUCCCUUGGCAUUGUUCCAUUUAUCAAUGCACAGAUUGUGUUUCAGCUUCUUGCACAACUUUAUCCCAAAUUGCAAGAUCUUCAGAAAAAAGAAGGAGAGGCAGGAAGAAAGAAGGUUCUUCAGUAUACAAGAUACGCAUCUGUUGGUUUUGCAAUUGUCCAGGCUAUUGGGCAAGUUCUUUUUCUUCGUCCUUAUGUUAAUGACUUCAGCACAGAAUGGGUCCUCACAUCUGUGACACUACUGACGCUUGGAUCGGUGUUUACAACUUUCAUUGGCGAAAGAAUAUCUGAUUUAAAACUCGGAAAUGGAACAUCUCUUCUUAUAUUUACAAGUAUAAUAUCGUAUUUACCUGCAUCGUUUGGAAGGACAGUUGCACAGGCAUUUCAAGAUGGGAAUUAUGUUGGGCUUCUGACAAUCAUAUUAUCGUUCCUUUUCUUAGUUCUUGGGAUUGUUUAUGUCCAAGAAGCCGAGAGGAAAAUUCCGCUAAAUUAUGCUUCUCGAUACAGUAGUCGGAGUGGAGGGCUCCAACGAUCUGCAUAUCUACCAUUUAAGGUCAAUAGUUCUGGUGUCAUGCCUAUAAUAUUUUCUACAUCUUCUUUGGCUUUGCCUGGUACUUUGGCACGAUUUACUGGCUUAGAGUUUCUUAAAAAGGCUGCCAUAUCCCUAAAUCCAGGAGGUGCUUUGUAUAUUCCAACUAAUGUACUGCUUAUAGCCUUUUUCAAUUACUAUUACACCUUCCUUCAAUUGGAUCCUGAUGAUCUUAGUGAGCAAUUGAAGCGGCAAGGUGCUUCAAUACCGCUUGUACGGCCAGGGAAAAGUACAGCUGCCUUCAUAAAAACAGUUCUUAGUAAUAUAUCUGUCCUAGGAUCUGCCUUCCUUGCUGUUUUAGCUGCUGGACCAUCUGUGGUUGAACAAAUCACUCACUUAACGGCAUUUCGGGGAUUUGCUGGUACAUCAGUGCUUAUCCUUGUUGGAUGUGCAACAGACACAGCUCGGAAAGUUCAGGCAGAAAUAAUUUCACAGAAAUAUAAGAACAUUGAGUUCUAUGAUGUCAACCGUUUUGACCAAUGAUUAAUGACACUGAUCAUUCUUUUCAACUUGUACCAAAUGUUCUGUUGUAUUAUAAUUGGGUCAUGUGGUAGCAUUUAAGACUGUUCAAUUUUAUGCCCGUUUUCCUUCUAUCGUGCAUAUCACUUGUAUGUUUACUUGAGGAGCAGAAACCAUACAUCCUUAUGUACAUAAAUAUAUUAGAAUUAUUUACCUCAGAAUAUGAACUUUCUACCAUAUUGCUCAGACCUCAUCAGCUAUAGUAGAAUUGGCUGAGUACUUAAUACAUGUUGAGACGAUGAGAAGCAGUUAUUUUUGUUUUACAUAUGAGGCUAUUGCAAACUCUAAUAUAGCUGGCAUAUGCUUACUUGUGGACGUGACCCUCCCCACAUUUGGUAGCCUUUUCUGCGAUACAGUAUUUAAUAAUUUAAGUGAGCACUAAGAUAACUAAGUGAACAGUUAUUGGCGAAUGAGAGUAAACAUCCAGGAACUAUAAUUAUCAUACAGAAACGAUCACCACUUGUAUAAUUAGUACGUUACUAUUUGCAUCAUUUGAUUAUAUUGAAUGCAGUUUGUGUUACUCUGGAUGAUGAUCUUCAGAGAAAUCAGGUUCUUCAGGUCGCUCCUUCUGUGCUUUUUUGAAUAUUGAUGCUAUUUUUGAGACAGUAACUGUUUCUCUGUGUGAUACAGUGCUAGAAGAACCAUUAAUGUCCUCACAUCUCGUGUCAUUGAAGUCAUUGACCAAUGAGAAGAAUGACUUCCACCUGUUGCUUAGACCUACUUCUGCCAUUUUUUGUCGAUUCUGGCGCCUUCGCCAUGCUGAUUGGAUAAAGCGAGCGGCCCAUGUUCUCCACUGGUAUGAGUGUAACCUGAAUGUGUGCUGCAGGUGCUUGGAAUGCAUCAUCCUGAAUGUGCUGGCUACGCACUUAAUGUCAUCGGCUUGGAGGGAGAAUGCUUCCAAUUCGGCAAUUGUUUUAACAGUUCUUGUUGAUGAUGGAUAGCUGUCUCUAGAGCUGGGAAGCAAUGCCCAUAAGAUAUUUGCAGGAACAGGACUCACGUACACGUUCGACAAGAUCAAGGCACAGGUACCGUUUUAUAUCUCGAUGAAGAUCUGCUGGUAGUUGUCUCAAGAUUGAAUCCUCUUCAACUCCCUGCGUAGCAAACCACUUGUAUUUGAAGAAUUGACUGAUGCGGUAUCGCAGCUCAUCAGGAUCUGUGACAAGCUCACCCCUGCCAAGCACUUUGGAGCUUGGAUCAACAUGUGCAGUGGAGAAACUUAUAGCAAUAUGAGCUAUGAAGAAUAUGUCAAGAAAAGACCGUAGACAAGUGAGUAUAAUGGCGAGAUGAUGGUCCAUUGUCAUACACAACUGGCGGUCUCUGCGCUCAACAAUUGGCAGGAAGAAGAAGAGAGGAUCAAUGAAGUGAGAAGCAACGCAUGAGACGAGGAAGACACGGUUCCACAUCAGCACAACAUUGCCUCCAGGGUCUAGCAUACUCUCUUCGCGGCUUAUCCAGAUUCUGGUAAAAUCCUUUAACUUGAGCACUAUCUUGCUGCUCAUUGUUUUAACUGAACCUGUGGCCAAGUUAUUCUGUCUGUGUCUUGCUUCGUUCUCAAUAAGAUUAAGCCUGCAGAGUAAAAAAAAUCAAUGAAAAAUUAUACGACCUAAGUACAAAGAACUUUACUUUUUUGUUUCCUGGAGAUGUUUAUAGUUACAGCAAUGUUGGUCAACAUAUGAUUCUGCAAUCAUUGUACUUAAAGACUGGAGGUAGUUGCCAGUGACUUGACAAUUGGCAGUAAAUUAAUAAUAGUCAUUGAGUAA